AUGAGAAAUAUUCUCCCCUUAGCUGCGGCAGUCGGGGCUGCUCAUGCCACCAGUCUCUCUGAUAUUUGCAACGAUGCCUACAUCAAGGCUGCGUUGCCUGCAGAUGGCACCUUUCAGGGCAUCUCCAUGAUUUCCAGCUCCGUCUCGACUACCAUCCAUUCGAAUGUGUCCAUCAGCAGCUCCAAUUUCUAUCCGGCUGCUACCAUCAGCUACUGCGAUGUCACCUUCAACUACACCCACACUGGUCGGAAUGACCGAGUGGCCCUCACUUACUGGCUGCCCGCCCCAGCUGAUUUCAAGAAUCGGUUCCUUACCACCGGCGGCGAGGCAUACGAUAUUAACGAGAGUUCCAGUACCUCUGGCUCCUUGCCCGGUGGCCUCAUGUAUGGAGCAGUCGCCGGCCUCACCGACGGUGGGUUCAAUGGUCAAUCCUUUGACGACAUCUUCCUUCUUGCCAAUGGCACUGUCGACUGGCAAAACACCUUCAUGUUCGGCUACCAAGGUAUCCAUGAGAUGAUGGAAAUCGGCCGCCAACCGCAAUGUGUCUAUACCUACUAUCAGUCGUGCUCUGAGGGCGGCCGUGAGGGCUGGUCUCAGGCCCAGCGGUAUGGCUAUGAUUACGACGGAAUUAUUGUCGGUGCGCCGGCUUUCCGCUUCGCCCAUCAGCAAAUCAACCACCUGGUGCCCAACGUCGUUGAACAGACCAUGGAUUACUACCCGCCUCCGUGCGAGUUGGAGCUAAUUGUAAACGCCACCAUCGCUCCUUGCGAUCCGCUGGAUGGCCGCGCAGACGGAGUUGUCGCCCGCUCCGACCUGUGCAAGCUGCAUUUCAACUACACCUCCUUGAUCGGUGCUCCCUACUACUGCGCGGCCAGCUCCGGUGGCAGCAGUCUUGGUCUCGGGUUUAGUAAACGGCAGUCCAUGAGCUCGACCCCGGCGCAGAACGGUACCACACUGCUCGCCGGUUUGAAGGACACCCAGGGUCGUCAGGCCUACUUGUACUUCCAGCCCGGUGCGGACUUUGACGAUGCUGAAACCACCUACGACUCAGAAACCGGCACCUGGGGCCUCAGUAUUGACGGUAACGGGGGCGAGUUUGUGGCGAAGUUUGUGAACCUACAGGAAGCGGACACGCUAACUUCUCUCGACAAUGACACCCUGAUGACUCACAACCCCGAUCUCAGCGUCCUCCAGCAAUCCGGUGGUAAGAUUCUGCACUUCCACGGUGAGCAGGACCCCAGCGUGCCCACUGCCUCGUCUGUCCACUAUUACGAGGCUGUGCGCAAGAUUAUGUUCCCCAAUGAGUCUCUCAACACAAGUGCUGCCGCCUUGGGCGAGUUCUACCGACUGUACCUGGUCCCCGGUAUGGCUCAUUGCGGCACAAACAGCGAACAACCGAACGGACCUUUCCCGCAAACCAAUAUGGCCGUCAUGAUCGACUGGGUGGAGAACGGUGUGGUUCCUGUGACGCUGAACGCGACCGUUCUCCAGGGAGACAAUGAAGGAGAGCACCAGCAGAUCUGCGCAUGGCCCCUUUGCCCUCUCUGGUCCAACAACGGGACUACCAUGGAUUGUGUAUUCGACCAGGCCUCGUAUGAUACUUGGAUCUACGAUUUCGACGCCUACAAGCUUCCUUUGUAUUAG